GAAUCGUAAAUGACAAGAGAAAGAGAAAAGACCGGAGUAAAAAUGACGUAAGAAAUGAACGAAUGGAAUGGGACAAGGCAAGACUCCGAGGACAAGCCCCGCAAGCUGGAGGACAAAAAAUGAAGGACGAAGCUGAAAAACGACGAAAAUGGCGGGAAAGAAUAGAGAAGGAGAUGAAAGAAGGAAAAAUGUUGAGCCAAGAUAGGAGUGGAAGAGAUAAAAGAGCAGCAACCGCCAGACCUGAGCGAAUAUGGGAUUACGCUGUUAUACCAUACGAGAUAGAUUCUAACUUCAGUGGUGUACAUAAGGCGCUCUUCAAGCAGGCUAUGCGACACUGGGAGAACUACACGUGUAUUCAGUUUGUCGAGCGCACUGCCGAGCAUCCAAACUGGAUCGUCUUCACAGAGAGGCCAUGUGGCUGCUGCUCUUUUGUGGGGAAACGUGGGAACGGUCCUCAGGCUAUUUCUAUUGGUAAGAACUGUGACAAGUUCGGUAUAGUUGUUCAUGAGCUGGGGCAUGUGGUUGGAUUCUGGCACGAGCACACUAGACCAGACAGGGGAACAUAUCUCGACACUAUCCUGCCUCGGUCGGACCUACCUGAAAACCAGGCAGCCCUGCCUGAAAUAGGCCAAAGAAUCAGGCUUAGCAAAGGAGAUAUUCUUCAAACCAGUUCUUUGUACAACUGUCCAGCUUGUGGGAAAACAUACCAGGAUACGGCUGGACGGAUCAGUUCUCCCCAGUAUUCCUUCUAUACUCCUCCCCCUGCUAGAGACCCACAACCCUUCAAGAAGGGUGACCUCUGCCAGUGGAGGAUUCUGGCGACCCACGGGGAGAAGAUCAUCUUAAAUAUCACCAGCCUCGAUAUUCCGGCCUCCGUCAACUGCCAGCUGGAUUAUUUAGAGGUACGGGAUGGAUACUGGUACAAAUCUCCACUGUUGGCUCGUGUAUGCGGGACUACCCUGAGCGAACCUAUAAUAUCAACCGGAUCCCGGCUAAUGCUAACCUACAGGACCCGGGAGAAUAGCCCGGAUCAUCUGGGGUUUAUGGCGCAAUACGAGGCAGUUUGCGGAGGUGAGCUGGAUACAGAGACGGGUCAACUUGAAUCUCCAAACUUCCCUGAAGAUUAUCAACCCAGUAAGGAGUGUAUCUGGAAAAUCAGGGUUGCUGAGGACUUUCAGGUUGCUUUAAAAUUCCAGUCUUUUGAGAUAGAAAACCACGAUAACUGUGUUUAUGAUUACUUAGAAAUAAGAGAUGGGGAUACACAGGACUCCCCUCUCAUAGGAACCUAUUGUGGAUACAAGAUGCCCAAGGAUAUCAAAUCAUCGUCAAACAGUUUAUGGAUAAAAUUUGUAUCUGACGGUUCGGUUCAGAAGGCAGGGUUUUCAGCAAGUUUUAUGAAAGAGUAUGAUGAAUGUCAAUCCCCGGAUCACGGUUGUGAACAUGAAUGUACCAAUACAUUAGGUGGAUACACAUGUAAUUGUCUAGGUGGAUUCACAUGUAGUUAUGUAGGUGGAUACACAUGUAAUUAUGUUAUAACCUCAGAAGGAAACAGUCUACGCCUUGAAUUUCUGUCUGACAACUCUGUUCAGAAAAAUGGAUUUGCUGCCAUCUUCUUCACAGAUAAGGAUGAAUGUGCUACAGAGAACGGUGGUUGCCAGCAAGUGUGUAGGAAUACUAUUGGAGCAUAUUACUGUUCAUGCCAUCAGGGAUUCGUACUGCAUGAGAACGGGCACGAUUGUAAAGAGGGAGGAUGUAAGCAUGAGAUUUCUGGAAACAGGGGAGAAAUAUCCAGCCCACAUUACCCUGAUUAUUAUCCUGCUAAGAAGGAGUGUGCGUAUGACCAUAUUGUUGUAUAUGACGGGCACACAACAUCUCAACAGAUAUUGGGCAGGCAUGAUAUUGGGGAGGUAGGCAGGCAGGAUAUUGGGCAGGUAGGCAGGCAGGAUAUUGGGGAGGCUGGUCAAGUGUCGCUAAGCUUCAUAACUUUUGAACUAGAAGAGGAACAAGAUUGUGCUUACGAUUUUAUUGAGGUCUUUUCCGGAUAUGAUGAUUCCGGAGCAUCUUACGGAAGAUUUUGCGGAAACAAGAUUCCGGCAGAUAUAAUUUCAACGGAAGAGGCCUUACUGCUCAGGUUUAAGUCUGAUGACACGAUAAACUCUAAAGGGUUCUCUGCAUCCUACUUUAUAGUGGACCAACCAGAGACUAAGGACUAUGAGUACACUGAAAGAAGAAACUAGUUGUUCCUCACAAUCAUAGAUUAUUUAACAAUAACAGAUAGAACACUAGAUGUCGGCUUUUCAAGAUUUAGAGAUUAAGGCAGUAGCCAACAGGAGUUACGCGCAGUGGCAUAUAACAGGCUCUCUCUCUCGAGGAUUCUCGUAACUCCUUUUGGCUUCUGCCUGACGGUGAUUGUGAACGAAAAACCCAAAAAUCUUGAAAAGACGGGUGUUCUAUCUAUUAUUUUUAAUUAAUCUAUGCUCACAAUA